AUGUUUGUGGUGAACAACAUCGCAGAGGACCACGAAGUUCUCAUGCAUGACAUGUCUUUCGACUUCCUUGGGUGCAGGAUGGCCACCUGCUCCAGCGACCAGAGCAUCAAAGUCUGGAAUAAAAGUGAAAGCAGAGAUUGGCAUUGUACUGCUAGUUGGAAGACACAUAGUGGAUCUGUAUGGCAUGUGACAUGGGCUCAUGCCGGAUUUGGACAAGUUUUGGCUGUUGACUGAACAGCAGCUGUUUGGGAAGAAUCAAAUGAGUGUAGUAGGAGAAUCAAAUACAUCGCAGAGGACCACGAAGUCCUCAUGCAUGACAUGUCUUUUGACUUCCUUGGGUGCAGGAUGGCCACCUGCUCCAGCGACCAGAGCAUCAACGUCUGGAAUAAAAGUGAAAGCAGAGAUUGGCAUUGUACUGCUAUUAUGAAUCUCAGCCAGUGGUCUCUACAGCACGAGAUCUCAUGUAAGCUGAGCUGUAGCUGUAUUUCUUGGAACCCUUCCAUCUCUCCUGCUCAUUACCCCAUGAUCGCAGUGGGAAGUAAUGACAGCAGUCGAAAAGCAAUGACCAAGUUUCAGAUCUUUGAGUACAAUGAAAACACCAAGAAAUGUGCAAAAGCAGAAAUUCUUAUGACAGUAACAGAUCCUGUUCAUGAUAUUGCCUUUGCUCCAAAUUCGGGGAGAUCUUUCCACAUCCUGGCAAUAGCCACCAAAGAUGUAAGAAUUUUCACAUCACCUGUGAGGAAAGAACUUACUUCUUCUGGUGGUCUCAGAAAAUUUGAAAUCCAUAUCUUGGCUCAGUUUGAUGAUCACAACUCUCAGGUCUGGAGGGUGAGUUGGAACAUAACAGGAACAGUGCUAGCAUCCGCAGGAGAUGACGGCUGCGUGAGGUUGUGGAAAGCUAAUUACAUGGACAAUUGGAAGUGUACUGGUAUUUUGAAUGGUAAAGGAAGCCCAUUAAAUGGGAGUUCUCAGCUAGGAAACUCAUAUCCUUCACUAAGCUCAAAUACUCCAAAUCUUCAAAACUCAUUACAUGGAUCUUCUGCUGGCAGAAAGCAUAGCUGA